CCAAAAAUAACAUUGUAAAUUCCCGUUAAAUCCAUCCGACCUUAAACUGCUGGCGUUUGUAUCCAUGUGCGCGACUCCCAGGACUUGUAGCCUUUUGAAAGGUUUGUCAGCAUCUCUACACCUCCCACCCACCGCCUGAUAAGAACUUCUGACUCGUUUGCACCCUCGGUUUUCCCUUUUAAGAUUUGCCCUGGAGACCGUGACCCAGAGUCGGCUGACACGCUGGGGGAUCCCCUGCAUUCGCGGGAGAUCUGGGGGUUUCCAGUCCCUCAGUAGCAUCAGCGGACUGCCUCGGUGACAAGAACAGAGCAACAAGUGAAACGAGAAAGUGUAAGGGCAUCAUUUCGCGUUCAGCUGCUCCUUCUGUCGCGGAGAAAGAUGUGGAGAAAUCAGCGGAGGUAUUGGUUGCUGCAAAACGUCUCGGGAAUCGUCGGCUCUGUCGGUCUGAUAUACUCGGUUUGCUGUCCCGACUGGUACGGGGGGAAAGGGCUGUGGGACUCGGCGGAUGUCACAUGGCUCAGCCGAGCUGUGGAAACAGAGCGUGUGCUAGGAGCGAUAGCAUGUAUGAUGGCAGGCACAUCCAUCUGUCUCUGUCUGCUGUUCAUCUUUUGCUGGGAUCCAGACACUAACGCCAAGUGCAAGCUGAAUCCUGAACGGACACUGCAUCCUGGAAAGCUGCUGGUUGUACUACUGAUGCCAACUGCUAUUGUAUAUUUUAUCCCAUGGUGCUCAUUCACAUAUCGUCACAAGGAACUGAUCAAGGAUGAUUUCACAAGACUUGGCUCUGCAUAUUGGAUGGGAAUCUGUUCUUGUCUCACUUUGUUAGUUAUUCUGCCAAGUAUCUACUUAAAAGAACAGUGCUCGCUUCCAGAACUAGUGCCUAUAAUGAGCAGGAACUCUAUUUCAAGUGAAUCUGUAUGAAGUCUUAUCUCAUGGACCAAGGAGACAGAUUAUUUUCAGAACUAGUAUGGGAAUACAGGAAGACUAAAUCUGAAAGAACUUCUUUAGGAAUUGGAAAAGUGACAUUAUUUAAAAGGUAUUUCAAUUGUGCUGAAUACAUCUGCUGAACUAUACAAAAAGUAAUUGUAGGUGAAAAUGUUUAUGUGUAAGUGUACUCAGGUAGCAAAUACUAAUGUUAUCUGAACUACAGUAGUCAAGUUGCAAAAUCAUAAAACAGUUCAUAAGAAGUCUCUAAUUCGGGCGGCUGGUGGUGCAAAGACAUCGGCGUCGGACCUGGGAGCAGAGGUUCCCGGGUUUGAAACCAGACGGGUCCGCUCCUGGGUACACUUUCCAUCCGUGCCGGGUUGAGUGUCGAGGUCGCAACUCGACCUUGCAAAAUAAAGGGAAAAUACUGCGAAAAUGUCUGUGUGAGGAAUGGCUUGUCACACGGUCUCUCUCUCUCUCUCUCGUUCCGCACCUUGUAAAAAAAAAGCCAUGAAAAAGACAUCAUCAUGGACGUGCACAGACUCGCACGCAGGCACACACACACACACACACACGCGCGCGCAGACGCAGACUUGCACGCACGCACGCAGGCACAUGCCAAAAAAAGGUCUCUAAUUCUUCAUCCAUCUUAAAAUAUUCAUCCACUUUAAUCCCUCCUUAUGUUUUUAUACUAUUGUCCUUCUUGCUAAGUUAUCUCAAAUGUUUCCUAACUUACAAUUAAAUAUCUUUUUAUUUCACCCCAUUUAUGCUUUAAUUUUACUCUCUUGUUUUUUUUGACUGACAUACAAAUUUUUAGAUAUUUUAUUUAUUUUGAUGAAGU